AACUUAUUGAAAAUUUCCCGCUUUCAUUUCUCUCCUCAUUUCAUUUUCCCCUUUCUCUCCACCAAAACCCUCUACACCGUUCUCUUCAUUUCCAUCUCUAUAUCCACCACUCUUCAUCUCCACCGGCUGUCGACCCACAUCUCACGACUUUUCAUUUUCCCCGGUCGUCGACCCACAGCCCACAACUCUCUAUCUCUACUGGUUGUCGACCCACAUCUCCAAAAACGCGUACUAGACCUUCACUUUCAACGGUGCACCGUCUCCCGUCCACUGAGUACACCAGAGGACGUGGAUAUCCAGAUGUUUCCACUAGAAGGUUUUGCACGAAUAUGAUCUACUAUAGUGGUGAAGCUACCAAAAGUUUUACUUCUACAGUCGGCAUGAAAGAUGAGAACAAAGGUUGUUUGGUUCAUAAAGCUAAGACGACAAGCAGCAGGGAGUGCAAACGGCAGAGUGUGGUUGACGUUGAGCCCUCCAAGCGCAGAGGCACCACCACCGUUAUCAAAGACUUGGCAAAGACAUUGGGGUUGGGAGCGGAGGACGUUGGUCAGUUGGGAGCAGCAACUUGGAGACGGGGUGGAGGAGUUGCCGUUGAUAUACUAAGGCAAGGUGAGAGGGUAAUCAACACAUUGUUACAAUCGGAGGAUUCUCUCAAAAUAUAUUAAUUGCCAAAAUUAAUUUGCUUUUUCUCUUUUUAAUUUUUUUUUCUUUCGUUUCCUAGAAGAUCAAAAUUAAAUUGUGAUUUGUGGAGAUUUAUAGCAUUUUUUUUUGGAGAGUGUGGAAGGGCAGAUGAGUGUUGGUGAACCAUUUUUCCUACUUUGUUUAAUGAAUCUCUUUGUGAUAAUUUAGUUGGUUGUUUUCUUUUUCUUUUU